AUUUUUUAAAGAACUUUCCAGCUUUCAGCUCUCUUCCAUCCAGCCUUUUGUUAAUUGGACUGGAGGAGUUGAUGGAAAUGAACCUCACAUGUCCAUGCACAUAUGCACUCAAUAUAAUUCUAAUAAUAUCCAUCUAUAUUGGGCCUUUUCUGUUUAUAUUUGCAUUCAUGUUCAUUUUGUUGAGACCUUGUAAAUACAAAUGCUGUCCGUGUUCUGCAAAAAAACCCAAAGAUGAUCAGCAAAUCACCCCUAAUGCAAGUGCAGCUGGCAAUGAUCAGAAGAACGCUUCUAAUGCAAGUGACGACAAGGAUGAUCAGCAAAUCGCCCCUGAUGCAAGUCCAGCAGGGAGUGAUCAGAAGAACGCCCCUAAUGCAAAUGACAACAAGGAUGAUCAGCAAAAUUUUUGGAAAGCUUUGGGACAUUGUCUGAUUCCUCCUGUUAUGUGGAUCAUCAUUUUAUUUCUUGAUGGUGAUUAUCUAGCUUGUGGCGCAACAAAGUGGGAAGGAAAUUUUGUUUUAGAUGAAGAACUGGGCAGAAAAUGGUGUAAACCCAUUGAACAGGCCAAUUCAGGAAACCAGACUGAUCCACGACGCACGUAUCAGGAGUAUAUCAACAUAUCUAAGGCUGUAGGCUAUGUGCUGCUUGCUGUAUUCGGGGUUUUGAUUGUUGCCUCCGUGAGCAUUUAUGACUGCUGUACAAUUGAAAGUUCUGGGUGCUGUGAUGCUGAAAAUUCUGGGUGCUGCAAAGAUGAAAAUUCUGGGUGCUGCAAAGAUGAAAAUUCUGGGUGCUCCAAGGGUUUUGGGUGCUGCAAAGGUAAAAAUUCUGGCUGCGGCUGGUGUAAAGAAUUUGCCUUGUGUACCUGCUGCAAGAGAGCAGAUGCAGGCAGAGAGACUAAUCCAGCGGAAUCUAUACCAUUUCAAAGUCGAGGGACAGGCGACACAACUGAUAAAAUUUUUUAA